ACAUUUGCCCCUUCCUUCCUUUUGCGCCGCUCCUCUGAGCAGAAUUGCGAGAGAACGUGAUCGAUCGAAUUUCAAAAAAGGCACACACCUACCCCUGUGCUCCCGUGAUCACGAAACCACACCAAAAUCUCCUGAUUAUAAAAUUCAGGAGUUAGUUGUUUCGUGAUUUCUCCAUUCCGUGUGUGUACCUGUAGUAUUCCGAGUCGACGCCCGCGAGGCAAUUACCCAGUGAAGAGCCCACCUAAUUGAACAAAAUGUCGAACCUCGCCGAUCCGGUCGCGUUUGCGAAAGACUUCAUCGCCGGCGGUGUCUCUGCCGCUGUCUCGAAAACCGCCGUCGCGCCCAUCGAGCGCGUCAAGCUGCUACUCCAGGUGCAGCACGUCAGCAAGCAGAUCACCGAGGACCAGCGUUACAAGGGUAUCGUCGAUGCUUUCGUCCGCAUUCCCAAGGAGCAGGGACCCCUGUCAUUCUGGCGUGGUAAUCUCGCCAACGUCAUCAGGUAUUUCCCCACUCAGGCCCUCAACUUCGCCUUCAAAGACAAGUACAAGCAGGUGUUCCUCGGUGGCGUAGACAAGAACACUCAGUUCUGGCGCUACUUCGCCGGAAACCUGGCCUCCGGUGGUGCCGCCGGUGCCACGUCCCUCUGCUUCGUGUACCCGCUUGACUUCGCGCGUACACGUCUCGCCGCCGAUGUAGGAAAAGGCGACGGACAGCGCGAGUUCAGUGGCCUCGGAAACUGCCUGAGCAAAAUCUUCAAAACAGACGGUCUCAUCGGCUUGUACAGAGGAUUCGGUGUAUCAGUACAAGGUAUCAUCAUCUACCGUGCCUCCUACUUCGGAUUCUACGACACAGCUCGUGGCAUGUUGCCCGACCCCAAGAACACACCACUUGUCAUCAGUUGGGCUAUUGCACAGACCGUCACCACUGUUGCUGGUAUCAUCUCCUAUCCAUUCGACACAGUCCGUAGGCGUAUGAUGAUGCAGUCUGGCCGUGCCAAGGCUGAUAUCCUCUACAGGAGCACACUCCACUGCUGGGCAACCAUCGCCAAGACUGAAGGAAGCUCUGCCUUCUUCAAGGGAGCCUUCUCCAACGUCCUAAGAGGCACAGGUGGUGCUUUCGUGCUCGUCUUAUACGAUGAGAUCAAGAAGCUCCUCUAAAUUUAAUGUAAGAAUUUGUUACCAUAAUUUCAAUUCCCCAUUCACCAUACAGUCACACCCUGGAUUUCUGUAUUAUUACAUGCGAAAAUCAAUUCUAGUAACUUAUUUUUAGUUAAAUAAAGUGUUAUAAAUUGAUUCCAA